CGUUUUUCACUUUAAAGCCUUGGGCUGCUUUUUCUUCUUUGCACAGAAGUCGCGCUCGGGCAGCCCGCGCGCUCGCACAGGAACCAGGCUCCAGGCGCUGGCGCCGGGGCCGCGGGGAGGAGGCGACUUCGCUCCCUGCGGCAGGCGCGGCCCGAGCGCCCCGAGCCUCCGGGGCCCCGAGAGCGGGCGGCGGCGGCGGCGGCCUCCCCGGCGCGGCGAUACUGACCGCUCCAGUGCUUGUAGAGGUCGCCCGGCAGCUGUCCCUCGGAGUUCUGUCUGGGCCGGAUUGGAAAACUGGAGACGAGGCCCCGCGAUUGAUGAGUUUGCCUUGGGAGUCAGCGGCAAAGUGAAACUAACAACGAACAUGGGUCAGAAGGUCACCGGAGGGAUCAAGACCGUGGACAUGAGGGACCCCACGUACCGGCCCUUGAAGCAGGAGCUCCAGGGUCUGGACUAUUGCAAGCCCACCCGCCUGGACCUGCUGCUGGACAUGCCCCCCGUGUCCUACGACGUCCAGCUGCUCCACUCCUGGAACAACAACGACCGCUCGCUCAACGUCUUCGUGAAAGAGGACGACAAGCUGAUCUUUCACCGGCAUCCGGUGGCCCAGAGCACAGACGCCAUCAGGGGCAAGGUCGGGUACACGCGUGGGCUGCACGUGUGGCAGAUCACGUGGGCCAUGAGACAGCGGGGCACGCACGCUGUGGUGGGGGUGGCGACGGCAGACGCCCCUCUGCACUCCGUCGGGUACACGACCCUCGUGGGAAAUAACCACGAGUCCUGGGGCUGGGACUUGGGGCGCAACCGGCUCUACCAUGAUGGCAAAAAUCAGCCGAGCAAAACGUACCCAGCCUUCCUGGAGCCAGACGAGACGUUCAUUGUCCCUGACUCCUUCCUGGUGGCCCUAGACAUGGACGACGGGACGCUGAGCUUCAUUGUGGAUGGACAGUACAUGGGAGUGGCUUUUCGGGGACUCAAGGGCAAAAAACUGUAUCCUGUAGUGAGUGCCGUCUGGGGCCACUGUGAGAUCCGCAUGCGGUACUUGAACGGACUAGACCCCGAGCCGCUGCCGCUCAUGGAUCUCUGCCGCCGCUCGGUGCGCCUGGCCCUGGGGAAGGAGCGUCUGGGCGAGAUCCACGCACUGCCACUGCCCGCCUCCCUCAAGGCCUACCUCCUCUACCAGUGACCCUCACCAUAGGAUCACCAGCACGACAGCCACCUGGUGCCAGCUCACCGAGCCGCCGCCACCACGCCCUGCGCCUUGGAUGGGCGUCCGCGUCCGUGGGAGGAAGUCCCCGCUCUUCCUCUGCAUCCUCCAGGCUGCCCCUGCCGGACACGAACAGCUCUCGACACAGGCUCCUCUGUUCCUCUUCCCGACAUUGGUGGAAGUCCCCUGCGUGCCGAAUCACAGCCCCUCCUUGGAAAAAGACCCAUGGAACAAACUCCCAGGAAGCCCUACACUGAGCUGCCAGAGCUCUCAGGGUGGCAUGGGGUGCUCCUCCACACACCGGGUCCCAAGGGGACGGGGCCAGCACCGAGAGGAGACCCCGGAGGUGCUAAGAGGUGCUUAGAUGAGUGCUGGGGCCCAGGCCAGCGGGGCGUGCUCUGGCAGACGAAGCUCAGGACGUCAGAGACUCAGCCGGACACCGAGGCAGAAACCAAAAUUGGACCUUCCACAGGCACAUGAGCACCCGGCGUCAGUACCGGCUGUCGGUGCCCCCGUCCCCUGUAUUUAUUCUUUUAACAAUAACAAAAGCCAUUUAUUUAUUCCAUUUAGAAAGGAAACCUUGUUUCGGUCACCUCUCUCUGUUGCUUUUCUUCCACCUGCCCCUCCCCGGGAUGUGUGUGCCUCACCUGUCCUUUUUGCUGGCCAGGUCUGUGGUGUGGCCCCACGUGGCACAGGGUGUCUUUGUUUGGGUCCCUUGACCUACAGUUUCCAGGGGGCUCUGCUCCGAGUUCCCGAGCAGGCCCCUCAGGGAGCAGUCGCCUCACGUGCAAUAUGAAAGUCUUGGGGGACCCAUCUGCACGGUCUGUGGCAGCUCCCCGUGUCUCUCCAGGCAGCCACUCACACCUGGGCUCAUACAUCUUUGCACGUGGUCUUAUUUCUUUAGCCUUCUAUGGGUUUUUGGUGUGGGUUUGCUUUUGCUUUCCUAGCUGAGGUUUUCCACGUGCAUCCUCAGAAGCUCUGGCUUCCCAGAGGACCACUCGAACCAAGAGGGAGGAUGAGUGGGUCUCCUUCCCCUGAGAAGCCAGGGUCAGGGCGGGGUGGGGGAGACCAGGGCAGAGUGGAGCCUCACAGAAGCCAGUGCAGGUCUCUGCUGAGUGCCCCUGUCUGGGCUCUGGGCCAAAGUGGAGCAGCCCCCAGUUCAUCACAACACCCCAGAGCCAGAGGGGCAGGGUGGGGCGGGAGGGGGCAGCCAGCAGGAGAGGGACACCCCCUCCCUCCCACAACUCCCCCACGUAGCAGACCCCAGCACCCUGCCACCGCACUCGCCAUUUCCUUUGUCUUGAAGUCAGCUCUCCUAGAAUCUAACUUCUGUUCAUUUCUGUACAGGUACAAUAGAUGACUUUAUUUGUUUAAAAUGUUUAAUAUAUAUACAUAUAUAUUUGUCCGUAAGAAUUAUGUUUUGAACAGCUGCUGUAGGGUACCUUGUCAAAAAAAAAAAAAGUCUUCCAGUGGAGUAUAUUUUUUAAACACAAAAUUGGUGCCAAGACUGGGUGAGGAACGUAAAUUACCCCCUCAUUAAUUGGAGGUUCUUUUUCAGGGGGGAACCUUACCUGUAAGACUUGUAAAGAUUUCCCUCGCUCCUGCAUCAGGGUGGGUCAUGUUCUGAUGAAUGUUGCACACGAGUCUCCCUCACACAGAUCCCAGCCUGACCGCCUUGAGCCAGCCGUCUCCCAUGGACGCUGGAUGAAUCGCCUGGCUCUCUGUCAUCUCUCUGCACCUCCCACCCUCCAGCUCCCCAAACCUCGACCCCACUCUUCUUUCAGCCCAGAGCCCUGUGGCCUGUACAGUUUUGAAACUCCCAUUCUAUUUUAUGAUGGUUGAUAAUAGUAACCUAAUAAAGGAAAGUUUAUCAAAAUACAAAGCCACUUUUGGGACCCUUUUU